UGCGCCGCAGGGAACUGCUUUCGAUUGUUGGCGGGCGCCGCCAUCUUGGUUAGUGAGUUCGCUUGCAGCAGUCCGAGGCGAAGUGUCCAUCCGUGUGUCCGGUUAAUACGCGAGAAUCCGGGCGAAGGCGAAUCCUUCGAGUCCUUUCGACAACCCGCUGAGAAUCCACGAGCAUCCAGAAUGUCGGAGCGGGAGGACAACGUCUACAAAGCUAAGCUGGCCGAACAGGCGGAGCGCUACGACGAAAUGGUUGAGGCUAUGAAGAAGGUAGCUUCGUUGGAUUUAGAGUUGACCGUCGAAGAGAGGAAUUUAUUAUCGGUAGCAUAUAAAAAUGUUAUCGGCGCGAGGAGGGCUUCCUGGCGGAUAAUUUCAAGUAUAGAACAAAAGGAAGAGAACAAGGGUGCAGAGGAAAAGCUGGAAAUGAUACGUCAAUACCGAUCCCAAGUUGAGAAGGAACUGAGAGACAUCUGCGCCGACAUAUUAGGAGUUCUGGACAAGCAUUUAAUUCCUUGUGCUUCAACCGGGGAAUCGAAAGUCUUCUACUACAAGAUGAAGGGCGAUUACCACCGUUACCUAGCUGAGUUCGCGAUUGGCAACGACAGGAAGGAAGCAGCGGAGAAUUCUCUGGUGGCUUAUAAAGCUGCCAGUGACAUUGCCAUGACGGAGCUACCACCAACUCAUCCUAUUCGAUUAGGCCUGGCGCUCAACUUCUCCGUCUUUUACUACGAAAUCCUUAAUAGUCCUGAUAGGGCGUGCCGUUUGGCGAAGGCAGCCUUCGACGACGCUAUCGCCGAACUUGACACUCUCUCGGAAGAGAGUUACAAAGAUUCUACCCUCAUAAUGCAGCUCCUCAGGGACAAUCUUACUUUGUGGACGUCGGAUAUGCAAGGAGAUGGAGAAGGUGAGCAGAAGGAGCAGCUGCAAGACGUGGAGGAUCAGGACGUAUCGUAACUCUAGUUGCAGUGAGUGUUAAUUGCGCAUACGAAUGAAACACAAGAAAAACAAACUCUUAAUAACUCUUAAGCAAAAGGAAACAAUUCAGCAGGUGAG